AUGGCACCAACAAAUAAUCCACAAGAAUUUCUCAAUUCUCUGGAACUUGGUGACGUAAGUGAUUUUGUAUCAGAUUUAUUUGCGCGUCGUUCUUAUCUUGAUUUAGUAAAUUAUAAAAAAAAUUUCGAGAGUUUAUCGAUUAAAAUGGAGCAGCUUGUUACAAUGAAAAAUGCUCGAGAAGAACAACACCCCAGUGGUCGUCAACUUCCGUUACUGGCUGAAGGAAGAAACCAUGAACAAGCAUCACAUUUAUAUGAUACGAUUGGCUGUUUAAGAGAAGAACAUUUCUGCAUCGAAAAGCAGGAAAUCAAUCAAAGUCGAAGGGCAUGUGGAGACAUUGUGUUACAUAUUGGCAGAAAUAUUGCUGGUGAAUUUUGUAUAUUUCAGGUUAAUCCGUGUAAACAUGGCAUACAACAUCAAUAUGCAAAUGGAGAUUCUUUACGAUACAGCUGCAGGAAGAUCUAA